AGUCAGUCGGCCGAGAGGAGGGUGUGAGUGAGAGCGUGAAAAUCAUCGAACGAACAUCUUGGACCUCUCCUCGACGAUAAGAGAAAAUCCCCUGCUCAGCACCCACCCAUUCCCAAUCUCUGCUUCAAUUUCCACGUCCACAAAUACCCGCCCACCCUUUUCUGAUUUCUCCCCGCAAUUGGCAACGCCGGCCCCAUCUUCAUCAAUCAACAUUUCCCCAGUCCCUAAAAUCCUACCAGCAUAGACUAGCAGAAUUGAACCGCUACUUGUUUGUUGUUUCUUUCCUUUCCCCUCUCAAAAGCAAGUCUGUCUCUCCCGCACUGCACUGCUAGUAGAACACUCAGUCCCGUAGUUUCAUUUUCCAUUCUUAAAAGAGACCUCAAGAAGAAAGUGCGUGUGUGAAUGGCGUCCGCAGCAGCACCGCACACUUUCCGUGGUGUUUCCCCAACCUCGUCAUCCUCCACCACUCGACCCUCCUCCCUCAAUGUCCCCACCACCCGCUUCCUCCCCAAGACUUCCCUUCGCCGCCUAGGCUUCGCUGCUGCCGCUGCUGACCCAAUUUUCACCCACCAUGUUGCCACCAAGCUCCGAUCCCUCAAAGCCUCUGCCAAGCCUAUCAGAGGCGUUGCCUCAAUGGCCAAGAAGAGUGUCGGGGACCUCACCGCCGCCGACUUGAAGGGCAAGAACGUGUUCGUCAGGGCCGAUUUGAAUGUCCCUCUCGAUGACAACCAGAACAUCACUGAUGAUACUAGGAUUAGAGCUGCUAUCCCCACUAUUAAGCAUUUGAUUUCUAACGGAGCUAAGGUUAUCCUCUCCAGUCAUUUGGGCCGACCAAAAGGUGUGACUCCAAAAUUCAGCCUGGCCCCUCUUGUCCCCCGCUUAUCAGAAUUACUCGGUAUUCAGGUUGUUAAGGCUGAUGACUGCAUUGGCCCAGAGGUUGAAAAGUUGGUGGCUUCCCUUCCUGACGGUGGUGUUCUUCUUCUUGAGAAUGUGAGGUUUUAUAAGGAGGAAGAGAAGAAUGAACCUGAAUUUGCAAAGAAGCUUGCCUCUCUAGCAGAUAUUUAUGUUAAUGAUGCAUUUGGUACGGCACACAGAGCGCAUGCCUCCACAGAAGGGGUCACAAAAUUCUUGAAACCUUCAGUUGCUGGGUUCCUCUUACAAAAGGAGUUGGACUAUCUGGUUGGUGCGGUUUCAAACCCGAAAAGACCAUUUGCUGCCAUUGUGGGCGGUUCAAAGGUUUCCUCAAAGAUUGGAGUGAUUGAAUCACUUUUGGAGAAGGUUGACAUUUUGCUUUUGGGUGGAGGAAUGAUCUUCACAUUCUACAAAGCUCAAGGUCUUUCAGUGGGUUCUUCAUUGGUAGAGGAGGACAAGUUAGAUCUUGCAAAAUCACUUCUUGAGAAGGCCAAGGCCAAAGGGGUUAGUCUGUUGCUGCCCAGUGAUGUUAUUAUUGCGGACAAGUUUGCCCCUGAUGCGAACAGCCAGGUUGUGCCAGCGUCUGCCAUUCCAGAUGGCUGGAUGGGACUGGAUAUUGGGCCGGACUCAAUCAAAACAUUCAGUGAGGCCUUGGAGACUACUAAAACCGUAAUUUGGAAUGGACCUAUGGGAGUCUUUGAAUUUGACAAAUUUGCUGUCGGAACAGAGGCCACUGCGAAGAAGCUAGCUAACCUGAGCAGGAAGGGAGUCACAACCAUUAUUGGAGGAGGGGAUUCAGUUGCAGCUGUGGAGAAGGUGGGAGUUGCUGAUGUGAUGAGCCACAUAUCCACCGGGGGUGGUGCUAGUUUGGAGCUUUUGGAGGGCAAACAACUUCCUGGUGUCAUUGCUCUAGAUGAAGCUACUCCAGUUCCUGUGUAGGCAGAACCAAAGCUGAUAUAUAUAUAUAUAUACAUAUAUAUAUAUAUAUAUAUAUAUAUAUUUUUCGACCUAAUGCCUCUUUAUGGUCUUUGGGUUUGUAAACGAGAGAUGUAGGAAGCAGUGAGUUAUUGUAGAUGUUCACCUUUGGCUCAAUGUCAAGUCUGAUUUUGCCUGUCCUUUCCCAGAU